CUGCAAGCGUUCAAUAUUCAUAUAUAUUUCCACAUUCUGAUGAAAUGUUAGGACAAUGGCAAAAAGUUUGGUUCAAAUGUAUUUUGUGACUUUUGUCAAAUUUGAGAAAAUUGAAUCAGUCAGCUACAUGUUCAGAAUCAGAAUUUAUACGAGUAGGUAUCACACUGAAUAGUGUCGAUGAAAGUAACAUUGUGUUAUAUUUAUUAAGGCUUUGUUUUAUUUUUCUGACGGAGAAUUUGAUUCCAAUGUUAAUUGAUUGAGAAUGUGGAAUAAUCCCAUAAAGCAGUCAAUCUGUAUGGCUUCCGACCUAAUCUGAUAGAACACAGUAUCACUGACGACUGACGACUGGGUCAGAAAUGGAAUUAGUUGAAUCUGGUGAAAGCGAAAUUAUCGAAACCAAAAAUUCGAAGUCCAAUGAGCAUGGUAUGGACAUGGAUGACCUCCUUCCCCAACUGGGCGAAUUCGGAACCUACCAGAAGCUCAUGCUCUGGUUGGUCUGCCUGCCGGCCUGCUUUCCCUGCGGUUUCGGGGCCUUCAAUCAACUCUUCAUGGCGGACGUUCCUGAACAUUGGUGUAGGGUUCCACAGCUGGCGAACCUGAGCGAAGAACUCCAAAAAAAUCUCUCCAUCCCAUACGAUGGUACUUUUUCAAAAUGUACUAGAUAUGUUGCGAACUGGACAGAAAUAUUGAGAGAGUCUGGAAUUAACGGUGUCGUGGCUAAUACGUCGUGGCCUACGGAGGGGUGCCUCGAUGGGUGGGUUUAUGACAAGAGUAAAGUAGUUUCCAGCAUUGUUAUAGAUUUCGAUUUGGUUUGUGACAAGGACAUCUACCCUACUCUAGGGCUCGUGGCUCUCAACCUUGGAGGUCCAGUUGGCGUUUACACCUUCGGGAGAUUGAAUGACACUAUCGGUAGGAAGAAGUCGUUUUUCUUAUGUCUCACUGUUCUUCUGAUUGGCAGCAUUUUCACGGUGACGGCCCAAAAUUUUUGGUGGUGGGCUGGAAGUAGGAUAAUAGUCGGGCUAACCAUACCGGCGAUGUACCAAAUACCUUUCAUUAUCUCUCUGGAAUUGGUUGGUCCAAAUUAUAGAUCAUUCGUCACAGUCUUAACCUGCAUGUUUUAUACAGUAGGGCUUAUGAUGCUUGCCGCUAUAACAUACCUGAUCAGAAACUGGGUCCACUUGGGUAUUGUCACCUCCGCACCAUUCAUUUUCUACUACCUUUACUGGUUUUGUCUUCCCGAAAGUCCUAGGUGGCUUCUAGCAAAAGGACGUUUUGAAGAAGCAUCAAAAGUGAUCGAAAAACUCGCCAAAGUUAAUAAGAAAGAACUACCUGCCAGCUUCAAACAGCAGCUCAAAAGACAUAUAAUGUAUAAACGAACGAAGAGUGAGGAAGAGGCAUACAAAAGAACUCCGGGUUGCUCCGACCUGUGCGGAACCCCCAACAUGCGACUGAAGACCAUCUUGAUAACCAUCAACUGGUUCGCCAACGAAACGGUUUACGUCGGUUUGAGCUAUUACGGCCCUUCUUUGGGCAGCAACGAACACUUGAGUUUUCUGCUAUCAUCCGCAGUAGAAAUUCCUACUUACCUCACUUGUUGGUUAGUGAUGGAUAGAUGGGGGAGGAGAUGGCCGAUAUGCACGUGUAUGCUGAUUUGUGGAGUUUGUUGCCUAGCAACGGUUGGAAUACCUACAGAUGAUGUGCAUACCACUUUGGUUCUAUUUUUGGUAUCAAAGUCUGCAAUUUCGGCUUCCUUCCUGAUCAUCUACCCAUUUGCAGGAGAACUGUAUCCCACACAGCUGAGAGGAUUUGGAAUUGGUACCUCUGCUUAUAUCGCAGGACUGGGACUCAUUAUCAUACCAUUCAUAACUUAUUUGGGUUCAGCGAUGUUGAUCCUACCUUUGAUCAUCAUGGGAGUGAUGUCUAUCAUUGGAGGACUACUCGUUCUCAGGUUGCCAGAAACAUUGCAUCACAGACUGCCUCAGACGGUUGCAGAAGGGGAAGCGUUUGGAAAAAAUUUCGGCGUCAAAGACUGUUUACGUUGUAUACCUUUAAAGUAA